AAAUCAGUAAGAACUGCGGGAGAAAGGUGUACUAGACGCUCAAAGUUACUAAAUUUAACAAUGGCAGGAAUCAAAGCUUUAAUUGGAGAUGAAGUUCAAGAUAAAAGUGGAAAAAUGUGUCCAGUUGAGGAAAUAUGUGCAGGCAAAAAAGCUGUCGGAAUUUAUUUCUCGGCCCAUUGGUGUCCACCAUGUCGGGGAUUCACACCUGUUUUAGCCGAGUUUUACAAAGAAAAUGACGGCGACUGUGUUAUUAUAUUUGUCAGCUCCGACAGAGAUCAGGCUAGUUUUGAUGAAUAUUUCGGAGAAAUGCCCUGGUAUGCCUUGCCAUUCGCCAAACGAGACGUCAAGGAAUCUGUAUCACAAAAAUACGGAGUUCGUGGAAUUCCAACAUUAGUUGUACUUAGACCAGAUGGCACGACGAUAGAAGAAAAUGGACGCGGAAGUGUAGCCAAUUCGAACGGAAAAUUUCCACAAAACUGGUGUUAGAAAUAUGAACGCUAGCAAUAAUGAAAUAUCCAAUCAUCAAUAAAUUAAUCAACAAUUAAUCAUGUUAAUUACACAGAGCAUAUUUUGCAAUCUAAACAGUUAUUUUUUUUUAUCAAUAUACUUAAAAUGAGCUAUUUUUUUCAACCGUAAGUGCAAUUAUGUCUAAUAGAAUGAAUUAUAUUACUAUUAAUAGAAUUGAUUUAUAACAUUUCAUUUUAUAUUCACUUUUGUAACUGUUACAGCGUUCGUUUUUUUUAAUUCAUUCAAAAUUAGGUUACCGUGGUACAUGUAAUAUCAUAACAAAUACGCUUCAUCAUCAGAAAUUAUUUCUUAAUGUGCAUAAUAUUUAUGUAAUUGUAAUAGUGAAACCAUUUGUACAAUUCAUUCAUAAAAUUUGUAAACACA